AUGAAUCCAACCUUUAACUCCUACACUUCUCACAGUAAAUCCUCUUCAGGAACGGACCUAACAGGAGUUUAAUCGGUCACAACAUGUAUCAAUGCUGAGACACUUAGCAAGGAGAUCUCCCGGGUCGUUAGUUCUCUCGAAGUAGAGGGAAUUAUUUACGACUCGGACUCCGAUAUUUCACAGGAAUCCAUCGCCGAAAAGAAGAUCCUUAAAAUUGAUAAAAAGUUAUCAAAGCACAAAGCGAUGGAUAAAGUUGAAAAGAGAAGACUUCAAAACAGAAAAAGUGCUUUGAAGUGCAGACUCAGAAAGACCCACACGAUACAGAGCUCUAUGCAGCAGAUUUCUCUCAUGACCAAAGAGGUUGGCUAACUCAAACAAGAGCGCUAAUCUCUAUAUGAAGAGAUUUCUCAACUUAAGGACAAGUUAAGAGAUGAGCAACUCAAAGUGGCCAAAAUGAUGUCUCAAAUUCCGGCCCAAGCUCAUCAGCAAACGCCAGUUUACACUUACUCGCAGCCCAUGCAGUACGUUUAGACUUAACCGAACAACUCAAAUAACCACCACGGUUUAAAUAAUUUAAUGGUUCAACCACUCUUGCAAGGUGGUAUCUAACCCUCACAAUACUAUCCAAAUGUAUAUGUGAAAUACCCUUCUCAACAGCAGAACGCUGUCCCUAUGUUCAACCAGUACACAAUGUGA